AUGCCUUACAACAGCGCACAUCACUGCGUGGUGGAGGUGGAGAACUUCCUGCUGCUGCUGGGCGGAGAGGACCAGUGGAACCCCAACGGAAAGCACAGCACUAAUUUCGUCAGCCGCUAUGAUCCCAGAUUCAACAGUUGGAUACAGUUGCCUCCGAUGCAGGAGAGGAGAGCCAGCUUCUUUGCCUGCCGCCUGGAUAAGCACCUGUACGUGAUCGGUGGCAGGAACGAGUCUGGCUACCUCUCCAGCGUCGAGUCCUACAACCUGGAGACGAACGAGUGGAACUACGUGUCGUCUCUGCCGCAGCCUCUGGCCGCCCAUGCAGGCGCGGUGCACAACGGCAAGAUCUACAUAUCAGGAGGAGUGCACAAUGGAGAGUACGUGUCCUGGCUCUACUGCUACGACCCCAUAAUGGACGUGUGGGCUCGGAAACAGGAUAUGAACACAAAGCGCGCCAUUCACGCCCUGGCCGGGAUGAACGAUCGUCUGUACGCGAUUGGUGGAAACCAUUUGAAAGGCUUCUCCCAUCUAGACGUGAUGUUGGUCGAGUGCUACGACCCGAAAGCUGACCAGUGGAACAUCCUGCAGACGCCCAUCCUGGAGGGUCGCAGUGGUCCAGGCUGUGCUGUUCUGGAUGACAGUAUCUUCCUCGUGGGGGGCUACAGCUGGAGCAUGGGGGCCUAUAAGUCUUCGACCAUCUGCUACAGCCCGGAAAAAGGAACAUGGACAGAGUUGGAGGGAGAGGUGGCGGAGCCUUUGGCGGGCCCAGCCUGUUCCACCGUCAUACUGCCCGCCUGCCUUCCUUUUAACAAAUGA